CAAGGUUUGAUAACUCAAGUCUGUCCUCGUCGCUGCACUGUGACAACCUCAUGGGAGCCAUCACUCGUGUACCUUGAUGGGUCUAUCGCAGACACAAAAAUCACACCUACGUUGUAUGUACAAGCGGUACGACUUCUUCGCUUGCGAUCCAUCGCAUAGUUCACAAGUCGAACAUGCAGACGAUCCUUCCUGCGUCCUGAAUUGGUAACAGCUCCGGUGCCUGGGAGACCCAAGUGCGCUAGACCAACAUGCUUCCAAACGGAGUCGAGCCGCGGAGGCAAUACUUUAUGUCCGUCCGAUAUUCUUCAUAAACAUCAGCAUCCGCCUGUCUAUCUCGUUCGUACUUAGCUAUUGGCAUCAUUUCCUUAGACCCAGCAUGGUACUUUUAGCAGGUGUUGCGGCUCUUCUCUUUGCUGCACCGUCAAUUGCAACGGGAGCAGCCAAAAGCCUCUUUGGUGGUGAGAAAGUGGCCUGCUCAAAGUUGAAGGCCAAAUACCCUGAAAGCACCUUUCUACCUGGAACCUCGGGCUACUCCUAUGAGACGCAAGAGCCCUAUUGGUCAGCCACAGUCUACAGCAGUCCUGCGUGCGUCUUCGUUCCUCAAAAUGCCCAACAAGUUUCGUACGCGGUCACUACGAUGACACUCACUCUCUCAAAAUUCGCUAUGCGAGGAGGAGGACAUAUGCCAAUACCUGGCUACAACGGAAUCGACAGCUCCGGUGUGUUGCUGUCUUCGUCCAACUUGACGACCUUAUCUCUUUCGACAGACAAGUCUAUCGUCUCCGUUGGUCCCGGGAAUAGGUGGAGGGACGUCUACGCUUAUCUCAAACCGUCCGGACUCGCGGCUGUUGGAGGUCGUGUGGGCCACGUGGGUGUUCCUGGUCUGCUACUUGGCGGGGGAAUUUCGUUUUAUUCUUCGGAGUAUGGAUUUGCUUCGGACAACGUUCAGAAGUACCAAUGCGUGUUGUCCAGCGGACUUAUCGUUGAAGCAACAGCGACGAACAAGUACUCUGAUCUUUUCUGGGCCUUGAGGGGUGGCGGAAACUCCUUCUGCAUCGUUACACGAUUCGACCUACGACCAGUGGAGGGUAGCGAUGUUCACGUUGGCAUCGGACAAUUUGACCAGUCGCAAUCGAAAGGCUACCUGGAUGGUGUUUAUAACUUCGGGAAAUACGGCGGCAUCGAUCCCAAAGCUGCCAUUAUUCCUACGAUCCUUACCUUCCCUGCGGCGAACAUGACGGUUUAUGCGGCUGCUAAGUUUUACCACUCCACUACUGACAACCCAGAAGUGUUUGAGAACUUCACUGCGCCGAAGCUCACCCCUGUCGCCGAUUCGUACGCACUGCAACCACUUUCGGACUACAUCUCAGCUACAGACGCUCUUCAACCAUUAGGGCUACGCCAGGAGUUCCGCACUCUUUCGUCUGUCGUCGAUCGAGACGCUGUCCAGCUCAUUCACGACACCUUCAUCUCGGGCGUCAAUGCCAAGCUGCCCAGUGUUGGCAACCUCCAGGCUUCAAUAACCUUCCAGCCUGUUACCAAGGCAUUUCUGUCGCACAGUGCUAAGACUGGUGGUAACCCUCAGGGCGUGGAUGUCUCCAAGGCACCUUUCUUCUGGAUGGUGGAGAACUUCACUUGGACGUCAGCAAGCGAUGAUGUCAAGGUACGCGCUGCUGCUGAUGAGAUCACAGCAAGCAUCAACGGCUUGCUCAAGGCAAAAUCAUGGAGCGCUGAUUACCUGUACAUGAAUGAUGCUGGAAAAGGGCAGCCCAUUUUCCAAAGCUAUCCGGCUGCCAACUUGAGAAGGCUAAAGACUAUUCGUACAAAGUACGAUCCUCUUCGGGUAUAUACCAACCUGAUGCCUGGUGGCUGGAAAGUCGCCGAUGCAUGAUUGAUCAAUUCGGGUGCGCUAUUUACAGUGUUUAGAUCCUUUCGCUACGCACAUUGACCAAUAAACAUCGUUUGGCCCCUACCAACGCAAGAAGAUACGUCUUCUUUGUGAUUCUCCUUGUGACCGUGGUCACAGAUCAAGAUCAUAUGCCCUUUGAGGUUCAUAUCGUCGUUUAUCUGCUUGUAUCGCGCCUCAUUACCAACCUGAACAUGUUCCCCUCGAUCGGGCGAGUUUGUGCGUCAUUCGCAGACAUGUAUUCGUCCGGAAGUUCGGCGUACCAGUAGCGGGUACGAAUUAACUGUGCCUCACCUUUGCCGGGUGGAUGAAAAGCUUGAACGCGAAGGAACGCGAAGGAAGGGGCAGCGUAACCGAGCCGUGUCCAAAGGAUUGGCCCAGCCUCCCGGGAACCUUGAUUUGCUUCCCGCGAAAAUGGAAAUCAGUUGUUGUAACGGAGCUAUUACUCCAAUGAGCAACCCCCAG